UUCCGGGUUAAAGAGCAACAUGGCGGCCACCAGUAGCACAAACAGCAUGAGAAAUAUGCUGCAGUUUAUGAAGCUUAUCGGACAGCUGAAAAGAGUCCCUCGAACAGGCUGGGUGUACAGGAAAGUGAAGGAACCAGAGAGUGUAUCAGACCACAUGUAUCGCAUGGCCAUGAUGUCUCUGACCAUCACUGACCCCACAGUGGACAGGGACAGGUGUAUAAAGCUUGCUCUGGUUCAUGACAUGGCAGAGUGCAUUGUAGGAGAUAUUGCUCCCUCUGAUAAUGUCAGCAAAGAAGAAAAACAUCGGAGAGAAGAGGAAGCAAUGAGACAUUUAUCAGGUCUUUUGCCAAAUGGACUGAGGCAAGAGAUUUACGCACUAUGGGAGGAGUAUGAGACCCAAAGCAGUGCGGAAGCCCGGCUGGUCAAACAGUUUGACCUCCUGGAGAUGAUCCUUCAGGGCCACGAGUAUGAGCAGGAGGAGGCAGCCCCUGGACGACUACAGGAGUUCUUCGAUUCCACCAGUGGUCGUUUUCACCAUCCAGAUGUUGUGGAGUUUGUCAAAUGUCUAAAUGAGGAGCGAGAUUCUCAUAUGACCAGUGAUGGUGAGUCAAACUCUGAGAAGAGAACAGCUCAGAGUGGGAAUACAGACAGUACAUCGCAAACCUCCUGACAGUAAACUUUUCACUAUGGUUGAAUAAAGACACGUAGACCCCCCAGACCUCUUAUACUCCAAACAUUUCAAUUUGAAAUCCAAUGUAACUGUAAAGAAUCUACAUAUUAUGUAAUAAUUAGUGAUUCAGUGAAAACAGCUCUGUCUCUCUAGUGGCUGGUUUGUUAUUACUGUACAAAGAGUUUUUAUUUAUUAAAAGGUUGUAUUGCUUCAGUUACAGUCUUGUCAAGUCGACU